ACGCGUACGUUUGGCAAGUUUCGAGCGUUGUUGCUAGCGGAUUGUUUGCGCUUUUGCCAUUUGCCGGUCUCACGUGCGGGCAACGGACAACCGUACGCUGGUCUAUAUGACUGUAGUGUGUAUAGUGUGUAAUAUACUUAUAUACUGGAAUAACAAAACCAAAAAGAAUUAAUCCGGCACAUGUUCAAUUUAGUUAAUGAUGCCAUUCUCAAAAUUUGAAAGAAAUAAAUAUUAAUGUGUAGCACUCGUGUGGCGUAAAGCGUAUUCAAUAUUCGUUAGAGUGAUAAAUUAUAAUAAUAUUUGGCAUAUGGGGCACAACCACUUGAUGCUGCAGCGCCUCACAAAUCAAUGCGCCUCCUCAGCGUUAACAAGUGUUUACAAUUAGCUCAGCGUGCCAAUUUUUACUGUGUUUUUUUUUGUUUUUGUGAAUCAUCCAUAAAAAUAUACAUACAAAUUUAUAUAAACCGUUGUGCGCUUAAUGCGACUUCCGUUGAUUGUGUUUUCAGUGAAUUAGACUUUGCCGUUGAUGAUGAUGGUUAUAUGGGUGGUGAUGAUACCCACAAUGAUGAACAAUGUGUUGCUCUUGAAAAUGACAAAGUAUCUGCAGCUGUGAUGGUGCUAUUGUGACGGACAAUCAAUUUGGUGGCGCGAGUGUGACUAUGAAUGUCAUGUAAACGAGUAAACGCGUAUGAAUGUAAUCAUAUUUCCUAUAGAAAUUUCAUAGAAAUUUAAAAAAAGUUUUACAAAAGUGCAACAUAAAAAACAGAAAAACACAACAUAAUUACAAAUUGAAACUGGAGGCAUUGUUUCCAUGCUUCUAUCUUCAUUUUCGGCUUAUUGGUUUAACAACAGCACUGCGAUUGUGCCGAAUUACGUGUUGACGUAGUGCGUAUAAACUGGCCUGGAAAGCAACUCGACCUCAACAACAAAGCAACAAAAAUGUAUUCGGCGGUGCGCACAAACGAUUUCGUUGAAUAUCCCGAAUCGGAGAUGGACGACCUGGAGAGCCUCUACUUCGAUACAAUCUCGCUGGCAGAUUCUGAGGCGGCAGCCGCCGUCGCUGCCGCACACCGUAAAUCACUCUCCCAAUCACGCAACACCAUCUACCACUCGGCGGUGGACCUAGCCGGCGAAGAUACACCAUCAAAGCGCCGCAGUUUGCGCUCAGAAAACGGCAGCAGCCGCAGCAAUGCAUCAGUGGCGGCUGCGGCAGCGGCGGCGGCGGCAAUGAACAAUCCGAACAGCCGUUUGCCAUAUAAUCUGAAUUAUCGCCACUCAUCCGCUUUGGAGCACUACAACAAUAGCGCGAGCAAUGCAAAUGGCAACAAUGGACCUGGCCUGGGUGCUGGCGACCAAGCGGAUGCGGCUAUUGCGGCCCAAGUCAUGGCGAUGCACAACGGACGCACGCAUGCGUACGGCAACAGCAUCGGCCAUAGCAACAGCGCCGGCGGUAAAAGCAACAGCACGCCGCAGCUGAAUGCCGAUGAGGUCUCUAAGCGUCUCUUACAAAGUAGUACAAAUACUAGUAAAGAUAAGAAAUUGCCAAUUACGUACUCCCAGUGGAAAUUUAGGACACGUCGACGCUUCCAAGAUGGCAAACGCAGUGUGGAUUUCGUCUUGGCCUAUAUCGGCGAUGAUGAUUAUAUACCCGAAAAUAGACGAAAACGCGAAAUAUUCGAAACGAAUCUAAUCAAAGAGGGUCUGCAUUUGGAGCAUGACAAUACGCAGCGCAUACAUUUCAUCAAAAUUCAUGCGCCACUCGAGGUGCUCUGCCGUUAUGCGGAAAUACUGAAGAUCAAAUUGCCAAUGAAGAAGAUACCGGGGCAGGAGCUUAUAGAGGAAGAUGAUUUUCGUAUCAAAUAUUUUCUUACCACCACCUGCAGCCGCAUCUUUAGUUGGUUAAGAGUCAGUGCGGAGCGUCCAUAUCGCAUACACUUUGAGUUCUCCCGCAAUUAUGAGCAUUUAUUCGACUGGGAGCAACCGAAUUUCUUCGAUGCUGGCGUACGCAACUCGAUCAUCAGCUUCAUAUUGGAGCGUCAGCAUUUCGUCGAGGGCGAGGAGACACCUGAUAAUUUGGGUAUUGAGAAGUUAUUGGAGGACCGUGUCUAUCACAGCGCAUACCCACUGCAUGAUGAUACGGAUCGUGACUUCCUGCUGCAAGAAUGGGCCACACUCAGCAAGUGGAUACACCUGCAACCAUUGGACAGCAUAAAAGAGUAUUUUGGUGCGAAAGUUGCCUUAUAUUUUGCCUGGUUGGGUUUCUACACACACAUGUUGAUACCUGUCAGUGUAUUGGGCAUAUUAUGUUUCAUUUAUGGAUUUGUAACGUGGAGCAGUGAUCCCAUAAGUCGCCAAAUUUGCAACGAUAACCAAACGACACUCAUGUGCCCACAAUGCGAUCGCAAUUGUGACUACUGGCUCUUGGAGAAGACUUGUAACUCAUCGAAAAUGAAUUAUCUGAUAGAUAAUAAUAUAACGGUGGUGUUUGCCUCCAUAAUGGCGCUUUGGGCUGUAGUCUAUCUGGAGCUCUGGAAGCGCUAUUCUGCCACUUUAGUGCACCGUUGGGGUUUGACCACCUUCUCAAAGCACGUUGAACAUCCGCGUCCGCAAUAUUUAUCAAAACUGCAAAAGCACAAAGAUAUCACAGAGCGUUGGAAGAAAAGCAAUAAUAUACUGGAACCCGAUGUGCCAUUUUGGCGCAUAAAAUUCCUGCCCAGCUUCACCAGCUACAGCAUUAUGGUCUUAUUUAUCUGCGUCUCACUCAUCGCCAUCUUCUCCAUGAUAGUCUAUCGCAUGGCACAGAAAGCAUCGCACAGCAUUUUGGGCAGUGAUAAUUCGAUGACCUACAAAAUAAUGGUGCUUCCCAUGACCGCGGGUAUCAUCGAUCUAAUCGUUAUCUCCAUGCUCGAUUAUGUCUACACUUCGCUGGCCGUUUAUCUCACGAAUAUGGAAUAUUGUCGCACCCAAACGCAAUAUGAUGAAAGUCUGACAGUCAAAAAUUAUAUCUUUCAAUUUGUCAACUACUAUUCGUCGCUGUUUUACAUCGCCUUCAUGAAGGGCAAAUUCGUUGGGUACCCUGCCAAAUAUAAUCGCAUCUUGGGCUUCCGACAGGAAGAAUGCAAUCCCGGCGGCUGUUUGAUGGAGCUUUGCAUGCAGUUGGUGAUCAUUAUGGUCGGCAAGCAGGCGGUCAAUGCCAUCGUUGAGAUGCUUUUUCCAUAUAUCAUGCGUUGCAUACGCAAGCUCUCUGCGCGCAUGGGCAUGCGUAAAGUCGAGAGCGAAGAGAAACUGAUAUCGUGCAAUCAGUGGACUGAAGACUAUCACCUAGAACCAUCGAAUACGAACUCACUAUUCUCGGAGUAUUUGGAAAUGGUGCUGCAGUUUGGCUUCAUCACACUCUUCGGCUUGGCCUUCCCGUUAGCGCCGCUGUUAGCCUUAAUUAAUAACGUCAUAGAAGUGCGUUUAGAUGCCAUAAAAAUGCUUAAGCUCAUAAGACGUCCGGUGGCGCAGCGCGCCAGCAAUAUUGGCGUGUGGUACAACAUGAUGGCGAUCGUGGCGCGCAUAGCCGUUGCUUCAAGCGCUAUGAUCAUUGCAUUUUCCACAAAUCUCAUACCGAAACUGGUCUACACAACUGCCACAAAUGACGCAUCCUUAGAGGGUUAUUUGAAUUUUACGCUGGCCUACUUCAACACAGAGGACUUCCAGGUACAACCAGUGCUGCGGGGGAGCAUCUAUGAGAAUGUAACCUCCUGUCGUUAUACUGAAUUCCGCAAUUCUCCUUGGGAUGAACAACCAUAUAAGCGUCCUACAUAUUAUUGGAAAAUUCUAACAGGACGUCUGGCGUUUAUCGUAGUGUUUCAGAACGUCAUCGGCAUGAUACAAGGCAUAAUCGCCUGGGCAAUCGCCGAUGAGCCGAGCAAGCUGCGCAAGCGCAUCGAACGCGAAGGCUUCCUGCUGCGCGAACAUAUUAUCGAGUAUGAAAAGAAAACGGCGGCAGAAAAGGCAGCAGCGCGUCGUGCCAUAGACGAAGCGCAAUACGAAGACGAGAAAUUGGAUUACUACGCGAACAACAAGGAGACGACGACGACAACACAGCCGCAGACAGUGCAACGCGAUUAUGGCGACAAUGAUAAUGUCGUUUAUAGAAAUGAGCGCACAACGCCGCUGUAGAACAACGAUUUGCUAACUGUAAUAUACGCUAUAAAUAGUUUUACUUUGUAAGCCAAUGGCGAACGAAAUGCUUCUGCAUACCUGCUUUAUACAUUGUAUACGGUAUAAUAUGGGUUAUGUAACGGCUAUAAUUAACAUAUGUAGAGGUGAUUGCGCAAGCACAAGAGCAAAAACAAAAGCAAAAGUAAAAAGUAGUUAGAAAAUAUGUUUGUAGGUGGUUUGUAGAUUUUUUAAUAUAAUUUUAUUUUUUCUAAACUCAUUUCGAAUAUUUCUAGACUGCAUUAAGAAUGCCGCACACACACAUACAUGUUUACUCAUUUAAGCAUGUGUGUGUGUGUGUAUUUGUUGAAUUGAAAUAACGAUAUUGUUAGGUACUUAAAGUGUUUUAAGCUGCGACAUCACCGUUGUUGUGCAUGUAACUGUUAUCUAUGUAAAUAUAAAAUUAAAUUUUUAGUAAAUGCUGCUAAUUAGCAAACAAAAACAAAAACAAACCAGUGAAAUAGUAACAAAAAACUGCUCAAGAAAUAUUCAUAAAUUUUUCAUAGUAAUUUGUAAUAUUCAAGGAAAAAUUACAUACACACACAUAUACAUAUGUAUGUAUGCAAGUAGGCUAUAAAAGGCAGCUAUUGCAUAGCAAAAGCAAUAAAAAAUUUAAUUUUAAAGCAAAACCUGAACGCAUACAUCAAAACAUUUGUUAAUUAAUUGUAAUAUGGAAAAAUUGAUUUCUUUUUUAACUGAUUCGUUGCAUUUUCAGCCACAUUUGCCUUAAAGUACGUGCAUAAAUGUAAAAAUUUAUAUAAAUAUUUCAUAUGUUUAUAAAGCAAACAGUUUGUAAUUGAGUCAAAACGCGCCACAGGUACACACGUACACACGUACACGAAUAUAUAAAUAUUUAUAUGUUUAUACCAGCAGAUGUGUGUCCAUUUUUCGUAGCAAUAGUACUGAGUAAUAGCUAAAAAGCAUUAAUAAAUCACAAUUUGAAUAGAUUAACACAUUUUAAUACAAAAUGCUAUUUUAAAUUAGUAGACAAUUAAAUACUAAAAAUAGUAGCAGUUUUUAACGAAAUUAAUUAAACGCCAGCCAAGCAAAUAAAUUAUAAAAAAAUAAUAAUAAUAAAUAUUAAUAAAAAUCAUUACAUAUUUACAUUUAUACUCACUCAAGCUGUAAGCAAGCAGUCACAAAUGAUUAUGUGUGCAUUAGAGUGCGUCAAAAAAAAUUUAACUAUUUGGUUAAACACAUACAUUUAUACUCACUCAAGCUCAAAGCAACCAGUCACAAAUAUUUUACAUAUGCAUUAGGGAGCGUCAAAAAAAAAGUAUUUUGAAUUUAUGGCUUAAAACUAACAUACAUAUUUAUAUACAGAGGAAAAAUAUCCGUGUAGGGCAGGUUUUUUUUUUAGCUUACUGGUGUAUUCUAGUCCAAUGCCGCGAAUUUCGAGCGAUUUGGCAUUUAAUAAAAAAGCAUUUAAUAUUUUUACUAUCAGUUUUUCUUAAAAUGACAAAAAAACAUUUGAUAUUUUGCCAUCAAUUUUUUCAUCAUUUGUUUAUUUAUAUUUGAAGAGUACAGAAAAUUGAGUUAAAAAAUAAAGUUUCAUUGAUACUUUGAGUUAUGCGUCUUGGCAGUAAAGGGGGGAAAAGAGGCCACGUUUUCGUCGCCAUGACAUCUCCGCUUGUGGUUAUCUGGAAAAUAAAACAAUGACGGAUUCUUGUUUAUACGAAUAACGCUAUAUCAAGAAGCUGCGAAAUUGAAAAAAAAAAUGUUUCGUAAAAUGGCGCCUAUUCAAAAAUAAAGGUAGAAUUUUUCACUUAUUUUUAAACUUUGCCAAUUUUUUUUUUAAAUAUUACAAAUUUAGAUUCUUCAUUUUUUGUUCACUAAUUUUACUAGUUUUACUAAUUUUUUAAUUCUAUCGAAUUUUUCUUAAAAUAUUACAAAUUAAAAUUUUUCAUUUUUUGAUUGAGAGAGAUUUGAGAAAAAUAUUUUACCAAUAUUCAUUUCGAAUAAGUUGACUAAUUAGAACUUGAGAUAUUGUGGCAACCGCAUACACGCCCUUCUCGAAAAAAAGUAGUUUCGAGAAAAACGCGUUAAAAGUUUUAUGUUUAGCAGAACCGGUCCAGUUGCCACGACACUAAAACCGCUGCAACUUCAGAAAUAAUUUGAGUUUUGAAAAAUCCUUUUAGGAAAAUAUUUUUAAUAAUCGACAGUUCGAUCCGUGGAAAAAUAAAUUUCCGAUUUCUUCAAAUUUCUAGUCUAGAAUAGCCCCUUAAUUUUAAAAGGUGUCGUAAGUUUGCCGAAAAUGCCUUUUUGAACCGUUUAAGAUCAAAUUUUUUACAUCGCGUAUUAUUGUAGAGCUUAAAAUUUCCUCUCCAUCCACCUCUGUAGAAUUUUUUCAAAAAGAAAAAUAAAUUUAAAAAACAUCGUUAAAAUUUCGAAAAAAUUCGAAAAAAAUCUAGCACAAAGUUCAUGAAAACAAAAUCACGUUAACGAAAACCAAAGUUGACAUGAUUUGUUCAAAAGAUAUCAGUUAUUUUAUCACAAAAAGUUCCGAUAGAAUUUUUGAGCUACUAGAGUUAUCACCGGAAUUUUUAAAUACUGAGCCGGAACAUUUCACAAAAGAGAACAAAUAUAUGUAUGUAUGUAUAUGAACUUAUGGUAUAUUUAUUUUUUUCUUUCGGUAUUUCAGAACUAUUUUAUUACAUCCUAGGGUUCUUUUUAAAUAUAAACAUUUUAAGCAAAAAAAAAAAAAUAAACACUAAAAUUGCAUUUUUGGAAUUUUUCAAUUUUGAAAAAAGUUUUAUGACACUUUUCUGUUUUUUUUUCUUUUUUAAUAAAAAAAAAACCAUAUGAAGAACAUUUUGAAAAAUUUUUUUGACACUUUUAUUUUUAUUUAGUUUUUAUUUUUAUUCUUUUUUAAUUUGUAUUUUUUUUUUAUUUUAAAAUUUUGGUUUUAAUUUUUUUUAAUAAAUAUUUUUUUACAUAUUUUGAUCUUUUUUAUGACACUUUUUUGUUUCUUUUUUUGUUUUUUUUUUCUUUUUUAAUAAAAAAAAAUCAUAUGAAGAACAUUUUUUUCAUAUUUUGAAUUUUUAAAAAUUUUUUGACACUUUUUAAUUCUUUUUAAUAAAUAUUUUUAAAUAUUUUUUGCAUAUUUUGAAUUUUUCAAUUUAAAAUUUUGUCGAAUUUGUUUUUGUUUUUAAUAUAAAAACUCAUCCGAAGUACAUUUUUUUUACCAAAUUGCAUACUCUACACGAAUCCGCAAUAUAGAAAACUGUAUUCUAAACGUUUCAAAAGAUAUGGCAUUAUUAAAGAAAACUAAAUUUUUUACUUUUUUUUUUAUAAAAAUAUGAGAAACUUCGAAUGUUCAUCGCCACCUUUGAAAAUUCAACUUAAAAUCCUGCCUUGCAGGGAUAUUUUUUCCUCUAUAUGUAUGUAUGUAUAUAAGUAUAUACAUAUGUAAAUUCCAUAAUUUUUUGUUUGAAUACCCUAAUAUACAUACAUACAAACAACUCGUGUACCUAUCAAAUUGCACUUCUCUUUCAAUGUUAACAAAACUAACCUAUUCACAUACAACUACAACUACAACACUAAGAGCAUUAUUUACCAGAUUCUAUCUAUAUAUUAUAUAUCUGUACACAUACAUAUUCACGCAUAUAUGUAUGUGUGCAUACUCGUUAUGUAAUUAUGCUAUUAUGAAAUAUGUACUGUUAAAUGUCUGAAAAUUAUUUACGAACUUUUGUAUAUUUUAUAUGAGAUUUUAUUAUUAUGUGUGGAAAGCGUAAAUAUGUUCUAAAUAUAUACAUAUAUACAUACAUUAUGGAUUAUAUAUGUACAUACCUAUGUUUCUAUUUACACAACACAUUUUCCUAUACUCAUAUGUACAUAUGUACGCAUGUAAAUAAACACACAAACAAGUGAUUGAAUGCAUUUGCAUUAUUCGCCGAUAUUCUUUAAGUGGCAACACAUAUUAAACGCAAGUAAUACAAUCCAAACAGUACCUUAUAUGUACAAUACAUAAUGUACAUGUACAUAUGUCUAUACAUACAUGUAUGUAUGCAAGUACAUAUAAAUAAAUGAAAAUAAACUAAUACGAAAUAGCACUUGGAAGCGUUCGAAAGCG